AUGGAGAAAAAAGAUAUGAAGACUAGAGGGAAGACUUUGAUGGAGCGGUACGAGAUGGAGAAGCUGCUAGGGAAAGGCACGUUUGGGAAGGUGCACUAUGCAAGGGACCUCGAGUCCAGCCAGGGUGUUGCUAUCAAGAUCAUGGACAAGGACAGAGUGCUCAAGGUCAGGCUCUCGGAGCAGGUAAAGCGUGAGAUCACGACAAUGCGGCUGGUGGAACACAAAAACAUCGUUUGUCUUCAUGAGGUCAUGGCGACGUGGAACAAGAUCUACAUCAUCAUGGAGUAUGCUAAAGGGGGUGAGCUCUGGGACAAGGUUAAGAGGAGCGGCAGGCUCACGGAGGCUGACGCACACAGAUACUUCCAGCAACUCAUUAGCGCACUGGAUCACUGCCACAGCCGAGGCGUGUACCACCGGGACUUGAAGCCUGAGAACCUACUAUUGGAUGAGAAUGGGGACCUCAAGGUGUCUGACUUUGGACUGAGUGCAUUUUCAGAGUCGAGGAGGACAGAUGGGCUGCUCCAUACUGUCUGUGGGACAUCGAUGUAUAUAGCUCCGGAGGUGAUCAGGAAGACAGGCUACGAUGGUGCAAAAUCAGACAUCUGGUCUUGUGGUGUCGUCCUGUUUAUUCUUGCUGCUGGCUACCUCCCUUUCCAGGGCCCAAACUUGAUGGAGAUUUAUCGGAAGAUACAUGAUAGUGAUUUCAAGUGCCCCAAUUGGUUUUCACACAAACUCAAGAGGCUGCUAUACAAGAUCCUAAACCCCAACCCCAGCAUGAGACCUUCAAUUCAGGAGAUAAAAGAGUCUACCUGGUUCCGAAAAGGUCCUAGGGAGAUCAGUGCAGUGAACAAGAAAGUUCUUAGCGAGAAUGCCACCACCACAAAUGCUGCCCGAGUGCUUCCUUCUAGGCGCAAGGAGAUUGCUCACGAAGAUAUGAAGUCCUUGGUUGCCACAAACCUCAAUGCCUUUGAAAUCAUCGCGUUAUCAGCAGGGUUGGACCUGUCUGGUCUGUUUAUCAAGGAGUGCAGGAAGGAGACAAGGUUCACUUCAGAUAAGCCUGUGUUGGCCAUCAUUGCAAAGCUUGAAGACGCCGCAAAAGCACUGAAUCUUAGGAUAAGGAAGACGGACAACAACACUGUCAGCAUUCAAGGGAGGAAAGAGGGGCGCAAUGGUGUCCUUCAGUUUGACACGCAGAUCUUUGAGAUCACACCAUCCUGCCAUCUCGUUCAGAUGAAACAAACCAGUGGCGAUCUACUUGAGUACGAGAAACUGUUGGAAGAAGGCAUCCGACCACGGUUAAAGGACGUUGUCUGGGCCUGGCAUGGAGAUGAUCUGCAGCAGAAGCAGGAGUAG